AUGAUGGGGCAUGUACAUUUGAUCUUCCUAUCUACCUUCCUCUCAGUUUCCAUGACAUCCGAAACAUUUGAUGCAAUGGAAGGUGAGGCUUUAGUUAUAAAAUGUCCCCCAUGGAGUUCAUCUAUGAAAGUCACCUGGUAUCACACAGAUAAUAACAAAAUAAUUCCUGCAGAAGAAGAGGGAUCACGAAUAUUUUCCUCAAAACGAUUUCUUUGGUUUCUGCCAACUUCUAGGGAGGAUUCUGGAAACUACACUUGUGUUAUACACUUUUCAAAUAAUCGCACAAAGUCGUUCAACAUGAGCUUGCAGGUGCAUCCAUACAAGCAAGGAGUAUGUUUCCCAAGCCAGAUUCGUUACCCAAAUGAUACUGGAAGAGGAAAAAUUGUUUGUCCUACAGUUGACAAUUAUAAGAAUGCUACUAUCAUCCAGUGGUAUAAGGACUGCAAACCUCUUCAGGGAGAGAGAUACUUCAAGGGAGAAAAAUAUAUUUUUAUUAACAACCCAAGAAAGGAGGAUGAUGGUUAUUAUACUUGUCAGUUUAUCUACACUCAUAAAAGAAAUGUGUUUAAUGUAUCAGCAACAAGGAUUUUCAUAAGUAAGGCAAAACACUCACCUCUACCUCCUCAAAUUCUAUUUCCAAAAGAUAAAGAUGUAAUAGAAGUGGAGCUCGGUGCUGCUUUGUCUCUGAAAUGUCAGGCCCUCCUGGGGAUUAAGAAACAGCCGAUGGCUGUUGUCACAUGGGAUGUGGAUAACAUCCCAGUGAAAUCCUUAGGUUUUUCAAGAUUUCAUGAAAAAACUCAUUCCUUUGAAGGGCGUGAGCAAGAAUAUUACAGAGAGACCACUUUGCAUAUUACUGAAAUAAAAAAGGAGGAUCUGCAGGUAAAUUUCACAUGCGCAGUGGUGAAUGAAAUGCACAACACAAAGGCCACGGUGACGUUAAAACUCAAAGCACAAUGUGAGGGUAGGAUUUUUUCCUUUUUGUUUUCUUACACUUUGCACUCAGUUUGA